AUGACAACAUCUCUGGCCCAUGGGUUUUUGGCCCUCACCGCUGGUUCUUCAGCGAUGGGCUGGAAUUUGCUGGAAAGAAUUGCGAAGGCUUCUUCAUUUUACGUACGCAGCCUCCUUACGCCAUCAGAUCGCCGUCAGAUCGCCGUCACUAGAACCCCGACCCCCGAUGACGCUCAAACAGUAGUCAAACGACAUCGUCUCAACACGCGAUGCCCAGUUGAACAGAUGCAAUCGAAUAUCUCUGCCGCCACACUUGUCAGCCGGAUCGGGGCAAAGAUCAACGGGAUUGUGGCGUCAUUCCUAGCGCGGUGA